CGGCCGCCAAAGUCAGUCAGUGUUCGCUGCUCCCGCCUUUCUCAGGACGUCCCUGGUGUCUCUUCUCGGUCCCUGUCGCCCAGUGACUCUCAGGUACUGCAAGAUCUGUAAGGAGGAUGCCGGGACGACACGGAAGGCAGGAAGCGGAACUGUUGACAUUCAGGGAUGUGGGCAUAGAAUUCUCUCCAGAGGAGUGGGAAUACCUGGACACUGCUCAGCGGAAUUUGUAUAGGGAUGUGAUGUCAGAGAUCUCCAGACACCUGGACUUUGUAGCACUACAUAGUAAAGGAAGCAAUAACCAGUCUUUCGAAAGCCUCAGAGAAACACAAGACUUUGGAUAUGAGAUUGGAUUACGUGUUCAGUCAAAUAUUUCUGAAGACCAGAAACUUAAAAGUGAAGAGGAUAUUUCUAAAUGCAAUCAAUUUGAUGAAUCUUUCCUUAAAACUUUAUUAUCCUUCCACCAACAAAUACUAUCAUCAGAUGCCAAAAUGUACAAAUGUGAUCAGUAUGGCAAGGUAAAGUUUACCCAGUUACCACUGCUUAAUCAAUAUCAGGAAAUAAAUAAUUGGAAGAAACAUUACAUGUUCAAUAAAACUUUGAUGUUUUUUAUCCAGAGCUUUACUCUAAAUAAUUACCAAGAUACUGAUAUUGAUAUGAGAAAUUAUGACUGCGAUAAACCUGAAAAAUUUGUAAACCCCAUCUCUUGCUCUAGAAAAUAUCGGAAAGCUCAAUAUCCAGACAUCCAGUACAAAUGUGAAAAAUGUGAGAAAGUCUUUCACCAAUGUUUAAAGCUUAUUAGUUAUAAGGAUAUCCAUACUCAAGAGUUUUCCUACAAAUGUAAUAAACAGGUUGAAGCUUUUUACCUGUCAGGGAAUCAUUGUCAAAAUGAUGGGAUUCAUACUGGAGAAAAAUCAUACAGACGUAAUAAAUGUGAGAAAGUCUUCACUCAGUCAUCCAAUCUAAGAAUAUGCAAAAUAAACCGUGCUAAAAAAAGCAUCUACAAAUGUCAAGAAUGUGGCAAAGUCUUUAACCUUAGUUCACUCCUUACUCAACAUCUAAGAAUUCAUACUGGAGAGAAACCCUACAAAUGUAAAGAAUGUAGUAAAGCCUUUAGUCAGAUUGCACAUCUUAGACAACAUGAGGUUCUUCAUAGUGGAAAGAAACCCUAUAAAUGUAAAGAAUGUGGUAAAGCCUUUAGUCAGAUUGCACAUCUUAGACAACAUGAGAGAAUUCAUACUGGGGAGAAACCCUAUAAAUGUGAAGAAUGUGGCAAAUUCUUUACUCAGUCUUCAAGUCUUCGACAACAUGAGAUACUUCAUACUGGAGUGAUACCCUACAAAUGUGAAGAAUGUGGCAAAGCCUUUAAGUAUCACUCCAGGUUUAUUCAACAUCAAAGAAUUCAUACAGGAGAGAAACCCUACAAAUGUAAAGAAUGUGGUAAAGCCUUUACUCAGAUCGCACAUCUUAGAACACACGAGAAAAUUCAUACUAGCGAAAAUGCAUACAAAUGUGAAGAAUGUGGCAAAGGCUUUAACUAUCAUUCAAGGUUUAUUCAGCAUCAACGAAUUCAUACAGGAGAGAAACCCUACAAAUGUAAAGAAUGUGGUAAAGCCUUUACACGGAUUGCACAUCUUAGAACACAUCAGUUAAUACAUACUGGAGAGAAGCCUUACAAAUGUAAGGAAUGUGACAUAUCUUUUACUCAGUCUUCACAUCUUAGACAACAUGAGAUACUUCAUACUGGAGAGAUACCCUACAAAUGUGAAGAAUGUGGCAAAGCCUUUAAAUAUCAUUCAAUGUUUAUUCAACAUCAAAGAAUUCAUACGGGAGAGAAACCCUACAAAUGUAAAGAAUGUGGUAAAGCCUUUACUCAAAUUGGACAUCUUAGAUCACAUGAGUCAGUUCAUACUGGAGAGAAACCCUACAAAUGUGAACAAUGUGACAAAGCCUUUAUCUAUCGUUCGAAGUUUAUUCAACAUCAAAGAAUUCAUACAGGUGAGAAACCCUACAAAUGUAAAGAAUGUGGUAAAGCCUUCACUCGUGUUGCAAAUCUUAGAACACAUAGGUUAAUUCAUACAGGAGAGAAACCCUACAAAUGUAAAGAAUGUGGUAAAGCCUUUACUCAACUUCCACAUUUUAGAACACAUAAGACAAUUCAUAAUAGAGAGAACCCGUACAAUUGUGAAGAAUGUGGCAAAGCCUUUAACUAUCGUUCACACUUUAUUCAACAUCAAAGAAUUCAUACAGGAGAGAAACCCUACAAAUGUAAAAAGUGUGGUAAAGCCUUUACUCAACUUGCACAUCUUAGAACACAUGAGACGAUUCAUACUAGAGGGAAGCCAUACAAAUGUAAAGAAUGUGGCAUAUUCUUUCCCAAGUCUUCAAAGCUUAGGCAACAUCAGAAAAUACAUAAUAAAAAGAAGCCAUACAAAUGUAAAUAAUAUGGCCAACUUUUUAUGUGCACAGCAAGCUUUAGAAAGCAUCAGUUAGUUCAUAUUGUAUAGAAACACAUAUAAAUGUAAAGAAUGUGGUAAGGCCUUUCUUUACUUUUCAAAUCUUAGACAACAUGAGAGAAUUUACACAAAUAUGAAGAAGGUGGGCAUAUCUUUACCCAGUCUUCAAGGCUUAGACAACAUCAGAAGAUUCAUAAUGGAGAGAACCCCUACAAAUAUGAGGAAUGGGACUAAAUAUGUUGCUAUAGUUAAUGCCUUACUCAGUAUCUGACAAUUUAUACUACAGAAACCCUAUAAAUGUAAUAUAUGUGUAUAGGGUUUUAUCCCAAAUAUACAACUUAGAAAUCACCAGAGCGUUUAUAGAGAAUGAAAAUUUACAAGUGAAAUAAAUAUGCAGAAUUAUUUAAUCAAAACUUAAGCCUCAGUGUGUCAGAGAAUUCACACAAGUAAAAACUCAAUACACUUUCAGAUUUUACAGUAACCCAGAGUAUUUCUUGUGGAAACGUAGAGAACAAUGUAAAGACGAAGCAGUUAGAUAAUUUAUCUGAUGGUAUUUUAUAAAAUAUGAAGAACAUUGAUAAUAAUUCUGCCAUGUGGGUACUUUAUAUUGAUAGUAUUUGAAAUUCUUUAAAAGCAAAUAUUGGUGCAAUUUAAAUUUCAAAUUUGUUGAUGCUAUACCUUCAGCCGUAAUGUUUAUGUGAUAUGUGAUCUAUUGUUUCUGCAUCAAAUCUAUGAGAGGCUAUUCAAUGUUAUGUGACUGUGAUUUUACAUUUCUCCCUGAAAGCUUGAUGGCCAAUGUAAAAUACUUUAUGAAACUCUAAAGAAAGAUAAUUUUUGUUUUUGAAUUAUAAAACAAUGAUGUAUGUAAGCAUUUAGUAUGUUAUCAGGGCAUUUUUCUUUAAGAAAAAUUUUAAGAAAUUUUCAAAAUAAAUAAUUUUACCAUUUGCUUCUUAAGCAUUAAAAACUGGUCAGUUGGCACCUGUGGCUCAAAGGAGUAGGGUGCUGGACCCAUAUGCUGGAGGUGGCGGGUUCAAACCCAGCCCCAGCCAAAAACUGCAAAAAAAAAAAAAAAAAAAAAAAAAAGAAAGAAAAAAACUGGUCAGUUAAAAUAAUAAAGUAGAAUAAAAUAGAAAUAUUGGACCAUUUUUUGAUGUGAUUCUGGACACGAAAAUCUUGAAUUUUAUUUGAAAUAAUGGGAAAAAAGUGUCUUAACAGAUAUGAGAGGAAAGUGAAAAAAUAGAGAGAACCCAUACAAUGGUGAAGAAUGUGGCAGAGCCUUUAACUAUUGUUCACACUUUAUUCAACACCAAAGAAUUCAUACAGGAGAGAAAUCCUAUAUGGAAGGUUAUAUGUAUAUUCAAAUUAAUGUACACUCAGUAUUUAUCAAUCUUUAAAGUAAAUAAAGCGUAAAUCUAAGAUUACUAUCUUAGACAAAAAAUAAUGCUUUUUGGGUACUUAAUGAUUGAGGACCACACAAAUUUUAAAAUGCUUUAUUAGUCUGUGGGUAAUUUUGAUUAAUAAAGCUAAGUGUUUUUUAAUGUUUUCACACUGAUGUGCAAUAAAUGAAAUGUUAUCUGGUCACCAGUGUUAAACUAUCUCAUCUUGUCCAAGAUUGUAGUUAACAGAUUAAAAUAAUGUGGAUAACACAGUGGAGUAACUCUUUUAGUAAUCUCUUUUUUGUGAAGAACUAAACUUUCAAUAAUUUGGAGAAUACUUGCUAUUUUGUGUCCUUUUCUCCAUUUUGUAACUAUGGGGAUGUUAAUAUGGCCAGGGAUGCCUGAUGACCUCUGUGGCCUCAGCCUUGGCCAUCUCUUCCUCCUCCUAAGUUCCUUUUUUCAUCCUCACUUUUAACCUCAUCUGUUUUCUACUGCCAGUUUCCAAUAUGGAGACUUCUCAGUCAUGGAUUCCCUUUCUUCACCUUUAGACUUCCUCUUAAUUUACCUCAAGCCCCUACACCUUUAUCUUGACCUUAAACCUAAAUGCCUCAUCUUUUUCUGUAAUACCACUUGGCCUAUGUACAAACUAGACAGUGGUUCACAUGGCUUGAAAAUGGCACCUUUGACAUUUCAAUCCUCAGUGAUCUCGACAAAUGCUGUCAGAGAUUGGGCAAAUGAUUAGAAGUCUCUUACAUUCAUGCCGCCUUCCUUCUCUGAAUCAUUCUUUCUUUGUAUUUCUCUUGUGAACCCUCUCAAAUUUUUCUUUCAUGGGCCAAACCAGCCCUCCCUGAGCUCCCUGAACCCCUCAGCUCUCUUCUAUCUUCCUUUGACUCAGCAGACAACACUCCCCCUCAGUCUCCCCCACAACCACUCCCCCAGCCUCCUCCCUACCCACAGAAUUCCACCCCAUACCCCCUCUUUCCUCUGCUGCCCACCCAUCUUCCACCACCCACAGGCGGGAAAGGAAAGAUGGCAGACCCAAUUCCCCCCUCCCCCUUACUAGGUCUGGCCAUGCCUUUGGAUUUUCUGCUUCUGGAACACCACAACCUCUGUACCCCUCUGAAAAGUUGCAGGAAUGGAAGUUAUCAUCAGGAUUCAUGUCUCCUUUUCUCUCUCAGAUCUGCCUCACAUAUGUCAGAAACCAGAUUCGUACUCCACAGCUCCCACAAAAUACACUCAAGAAUUCAUAUAUUUAAACCAAUCAUAGGAUUUGACCUGGCAUGAUUUAUAUGUCAUCUCACCUCCAUCCUAACUUCAAAGGAGAGGGAACAGGUCUGGACCUACGCUGAGGUCUGCACUGAAGAUCUACGGAGGACAGACCAAACCCUGCUGGAGGGCAUUAGGGCCAAAUCCCAGGGAGACUCCAAUUAGAAUUACCAAAAUAAUACUCAUGAAGUGCGCCUUCAUAACCACAUGGUCCCGGGUCUCUUAGAGGAACUUAAAAAAGCAGCCUGCAGGGCCAUCAAUUUUAACAAACUAAAAGAACCCCAAAACUGGGGGAAAAUCCUGCCCAGUUUUUAUCCUGUCUCAAUGAUAUCCUCCACCACUAUACUGCCCUAUCGCCAGAAAGCAACAAGGGCAGACUCAUUAUAAACAUGCAUUUUAUCUCCCAGUCUGCACCCAGCUUUGGUCAAGUUCUUUCCUCUCCCUAUAAACCUCUCUGUCCUGAACACGCUCCCUCCAACUCCAUGAUCUCUGCUAUCCAUUUUACCUCUCUUCAAAACAACAAGGAUGUGCAGUAGGGGUCCUAACACAGAAAUCUCACAGUGACCACCUCCCAAUAGCAUUCUUCUCAAAGCAGAUAAAAUUUACAACAGUGGCAGCCACAUUUCUCUUUUUUCUGAAGGCCAAGAAACUUACCCACCACACCCCCACUUAUCUACAUACUUCUCACAAUGUUCUAUCCCUUUUAAAACACCAAUACUUACCAUCUUUACUUUCUGAACCUCAUUUACUCCAGUUCCUAAUCCUUUUUGUAGAAAAUCCUAAUCUCCACUUUCUCCCUGACCCUGCAUAUGACCCUCCAUCUUCAUUAGCUCCCCUCCACUCCCAUGACCCUCACACUUUUCAGAACUCAUUCCAUGAUUGCUGGUCUUUAGUCAUGGUAACAUUACAACCUUUUCCCAGCAUUGCUUUCUUUCCCUUACCUAACCCUGAAGACACCUGGCUUAUCAAUGGCAGUUCUUCUAAGCCCACUGCCUACUCCAUUGCCAAGGCAGGCUUUGCCAUUGUAUCCUUUCCCUGCAUUAUCGCCUCAGCUACUGUGGCCCCCAGCACCUCCUCACAACAGCCCUCACUAAAGCCUUACAACUCACACAAGGCUGCUUCGUUAACAUGUACACGGAUUUUAAGUAAACUUUCCACAUAAUCCAUCACCGUGCAGCCAUAUGGUGAAAAAGAGGAUUCAUUACCACCCAAGUCUCCUCUAUUGUCAACAUCACAUUCAUUAAAAACCUCCUGAAUGCAGCCACUUUCCCAAAGAAGUGGCCAUCAUCUUCUGUAAAGGGCAGAAUGAAACAGAUGCAAUUUCCAAAGGCAACCAGAAAGUUGAUAUAGAAGCCAAAUGGCCAGCUCAAUGCCCCUACACCCCUACCCCCAGAAGAGCAUUUCUUGUCCUUGCAUAAAUUCUCUCUGGCAUACACAUACAAAGAACAGAACAAUUACUGGCAUCUUCCCACACAGGGAGGAUGGUUCCUUCAAUGGGGAAAAUUCAUUCUUCCUUUCUCCCAAGGACAGAAUAUCCUCUCUUCCCCCCACAAUAGUCUUAACACUGGCUUCAAGUCUCUUACACCCUUAUUUCUUUGCUCCUUUUCCACCCACAACUAUCUUCCAUUUUAAAACAGAUAACCCAGUCUUACACAAUUUGUAUUCAGGUCUCACCCCAGAGGCUAUAACCCCUCCCCCUUUUCCCACACAUCAGGCCCAGGCCCCAACCCCUGGACAAGACUGGCAGAUUGACUUCACCCACAUGCCUCCUGUAUGAAAACAGACUUCUAGGUUAGGUGAAUACCUUCUUGGGGCGGGUCGAAGCCUUCCCCCACGACAGGCAAGAAAACUCAUGAAGUUGUCUCCACCCUCCUCCAUCACAUUCUUAGAUUUGGCCUCCCAACUCCAUUUAGAGUGACAAUGGCUCAGCUUCAGUUAGCCAGAUCACCUCCAUACUUCACAAGCCCUAGGAGUUCAGUGGCGCUUACAUGUGCCUUAUAGUCCCCAAUCAUCAGGAAAAAAUAGAACAAAUGAACAAAAUCAUUAAACAACAUUUCACCAAAUUAGUAUUCCAACACAAGAUUGGAUUAAGCUCCUCCCAUCACUUUACUCUGCAUUCACUUUACCCUUUACAAACUGCUCUUUUAUAGCCCCCCCUUUUUUUAAAGGAAAAAAAUCAUUUACUGUUCUUGUUAAUUUUCAGCAUUACCAACACAAAGGGUGAUACGAUUCUGUAGUUCUCAGAAAACAUUUUCAAGCUGAUUUUCAGUAAUAUCAGCAAUCACAUCUGUUAUCCUAGCUUUCACAUGUCCCUAUAAAAAGAAACCAAAUGGAGUUAAAUAUGGUGAAUGGGGAGGCCAGGAAAAUGGUCCACCUUUUCCAAUCCAUCUGUUAGGGAAUUUCUCAUGUAGAAACUGUCUAACACGCAAAGCAAUGCAACAAAAAGAAUCAUCUUGUUGAAACACUAUGUUCUCUAUCAGUCCUAAUUCAGGUUGAGGAAUAAAUAAUUUUGCAGCAUUUCUAAAUAGCUAUCACCAUUAAAACCCCUUUCAAAAAGAAGGGCCGUAGGACUCAAUUUUUGCCCAAAGCACAUUACACAUCAGCUUUGGGAGAAUCUCUUUUAUGUUCAACAGACUUGUGGAUUUUCAGUUCCCCAAAUAUGACAAUUAUGCCUGUUGACUUUGCCACUAACAUGGAAUGUUGCUUCAUUGCAGAACAUUAAAUUACUCAAAAAUGAAUGAUUGCUAAAUUUUUCAUUGAACUGGUGACAGAAAGUUGUGCAUGAUAAUCCUCCUAUCAUUUGAUGCACUUGAAUUUUGUAUGCUUUCAUGUGAAGUCUUGUCCGCAGAAUCUUUUGUACAGUAGCUUUGGAAGCCUCAGCUCUAGGGAUACCUGUCUUAAUGACUUUCUUAGAUUUGCCUGAAAGGUUUCUUCUACAAAUGCUACAGUUCCUUCACUAACAUGUGGCCUACCAGACUGUGGCUUAUCAUUGACAGAGCUUGUUUCUUUAAUUUUUUCCAUCCACUUUGAUUUGGAAUUCCUGUGUGGUGCUUCUUUCUUGUAAUGGGUUCUAAACCUUUGGACAGCAGCAGCAGAUUUUAGUUCAACCAACCAAAGAACACAAUUUUCUCUCUCCUCUAGUGAAGCCAUAGGUCCAUAAUUAAAGUCAAACUAUUUCAGGGUGGCACCUGUGGCUCAGUGAGUAGGGCG